CGGCGGCUCAGCGGCAAUGCUUGGGGGAAAACCGUUCUAGAAAUCGCCAAUUGACAAAUCAACUUGCUCAUUCAGUUUACCGAUAGCUCCCGACUUCUUUCACCUUUUUUCCUUUCCCCCAACUCAAACAAAGCACUUGUCAAGAAAAAAGCCAAAAUGUCCUCCGCCCAAGCUACCGCCAGCUCAAUCGCCUCCAGCGCCCCGGUUGCGCCGGUGAUCGCCCAGUCAGCUGCUGCUGCUGCUGCUGACAAGCCCAAGCCCUGCUGCGUGUGCAAAGAUGAAAAGGCCAAGCGCGACGAGUGCAUGCUCUUCUCCAAGGCUGCCGACCCACAAAAGGACUGCUUGUCGACCAUUGAUCAGUAUAGGAGUUGUAUGGCUGGGUUUGGGUUCAAGGUUUAGGAGCAGGAGGAAGGGAGAGGAUGGGGAAGUGUAUAAUAUGGUUACGAUAUGGGAUUGAAAUGGAUGGACUGGGGGAAUGAAUAAUACCAGGGCGUUUUAAUUGAGGUUUAAAGAUGGGGGAU